AUGCGAGAUCUCGCCUUUUAACACGAGAUCUCGCCUCUGGCUUUAUAGCACGAAUAGAAUUGUACGGGCUUCCUGUGCUGGGGUCUUUUCAGCUGAUUCAGCUGAUUGCAGGCUCAAAAAUGGCGGAAAACAUGGAGAAGGUGCGUGUUUUUGUUUUUGUUUUAUUAAGUUUAACGUUGUUUGUUUCUUGUGGAGCCUUGCCACCCUAUAUUCCUGCCGCUGGGGGCAUACAAGGCGAUAGAGAUUCUUGUAUUUUUCAGUACUUUAAUCUAGGAUUGGGGUAUGCUGAAAUACUAGCGUUUCUUAAUGCUGUUCAUGGCAUUACAUUAAGUCUUCGUCAGCUCAAAAGGAUMUUAUUUAAAAGAGGUUUGAGAAGAAGACAAAUUAAGUACAAUCCUCAGGAUAWAAUUUCUGCAAUGGAGCAAGAAUUAUGGAGAAGUGGUAGCUCACUGGGUUACCGUCAGAUGCAACUAAGGCUAAGACUUGAUUAUGGAAUGUCAGUUGACAGGGAAACAGUACGAAGAAGUCUUGCCAUACUUGACCCAGAAGGAGUCAAAAGACGCUCUCGUCACAAAUUGAAAAGAAGACAGUAUUUCUCUCAAGGACCAAAUUAUUUGUGGCAUCUGGACGGAUACGACAAACUUAAACCUUUUGGAUUUUGUAUCCAUGGGGCUAUUGACGGUUUCAGUCGUCGAAUUUUGUGGCUCGAAGUAGGCCCUUCAAAUAACAACCCACGUGUCAUUGCUACAUAUUUUUACAAUUCUGUGAGACAGCUUGGUGGAGUCCCAUACAUUUGCCGUGCAGAUGCAGGAACUGAAAACUGUUUAGUCGCUGGAAUGCAACGUUUUUUCAGAAGGGAAGCAAGUGAUGAAUUUUCUGGUGAAAAAAGCUUCYUAUACGGUAGGUCAGUUUCAAAUCAAAGAAUAGAGGCUUGGUGGACACAUCUACGCAAAACGGAUACAGGCUGGUGGAUCAAUUACUUUAAAGAUCUGAGAUAUCAGGGGCUUUAUGAUGACAGUAAUCCAGUACAUGUUGAAUGUUUAARGUAUUGUUACAUGCCUAUCAUUAAAGAAGAGUUGGAACGAGUAGCUCAGUUAUGGAACUUGCACAAGAUUAGACCAUCUGCAAAUGAGCAUUCACCUAGUGGUCGCCCUGACACCAUGUUCUUUAUUCCUGAAGCUUUUGAUUCUGUAUCAYAUCUUCAACCUGUCAAUUCAAUAGAUUUAGCAGUAGCAAAGGAAACAUGCUGUGAAAUUCCAGAAGAUGAAUCCUUCGAAACAUUUUCAGAACUUGCUGAAAUAGUUAUCACUGAGAACAACCUUGAAUUGCCAGGCAAUGAUAUCAUCAAAGCAGAGUUGCUUUAUAUCAACCUAAUUGAACAUAUAGAAAAUAUUGCCUGAAUCUCAUAACCUCAAAAUACUACAGAACAACAUUGACAGCUGUGCUUCUUGAUACAUUAGUUCUGUGAUCAGCCAUGAUAUGGAUACUGAUAUAAAUAUAUUACAGCAAAAASCAAUUAAGUAGGACCACUGAUAUGUAUUCACAUUUUUCUGUCACUAACUUUCAACCAAUCAGCACAGUGUCUACACUUGAUCUUGAUUACUGAUUGGUUGAAAGUUAGAGACAUAAAUAUACAUUAUCAGUGGUCCUACUCAAUCGCAUUUUGCUUCAUUUGUGAUUGAGAUCAGAGCUAUCAAGCUUAUUCUGAACAUGAAAUUGUUACUAAUUGUUCUAAAUUUAAUUAUGUUAAAAAUUAUUCUUAGUGCUAUUAGAAUAUUUGUUUCCCAUUUUGAUUUUCUUUCAGCCCACAGUUACCCUGGCCCCUCAUUUGGAUGUAUUCACUCUUCGCUUUUGUUUUCAUAAAGCCCGAAGUGCCAGCGAAAAUAUACAUCUAACCUCUGGGACCAGGGUAGCCCACAGUGAAAUUCAAGCUGAGAUAAUUCCCCAAAAUGUAGCUUUUCAUUGAUUCU